CUAGGAAAACAUUUGUUAUUCAAAGGAGAGACGCACAGAGCGGUCGAUAAGAUUGACAGUAACCUUCAGACCAAACUCACAAGGAAGCAGCUUCAGUAGGGGAAUUAUCGCAACUUCAACCUGCCACGAAUCGAAGCACUGACUAGAGAAAAUGGCUUCCCGGUCAGAGAAGGAUCUCUCCUGUCCUGUCUGCCAUGACAUCUUUAAAGAUCCUGUUGUCCUGUCAUGUAGCCACAGCUUCUGCAAAGACUGUCUGCAGAGAUGGUGGACAGCAAAAAAAACAAGGGAAUGUCCAAUUUGUAAGAGAAGAUCAUCGAAGAGUCAACCACCCGUCAGUUUGGUUAUAAAGAACCUGUGUGAGUCUUUCUUGCUGGACAGAGAUCAGAGAUCUUCAGAGGCGCUCUGCAGUCUGCACGCCGAGAAACUCAAACUCUUCUGUCUGGACCAUCGGCAGCGAGUGUGUGUCGUCUGUCGGGUUUCAAAAACACACAACAACCACAGAUUCGUACUCAUCGACGAAGCUGCACAGGAUCACCGAGAGGAGCUCCACGAGUCCCUGAAGCCCUUACAGGAGAAACUGAAGCUCUGUCAACAAGUUAAAGGAAACUGGGAUCAAACAGCAGAACACAUGAAGGUCCAGGCCCGACGCACAGAGAGGCAGAUUAAGGAGCAGUUUAAGAAGCUUCGCCAGUUUCUAGAAGAGGAAGAGGAGGCCAGGAUCUCUGCUCUGAGGGAGGAAGAGGAGCAGAAGAGUCAGAUGAUGAAGGAGAAGAUGGAGGCUCUGAGCAGAGAGAUAGCAGCUCUUUCAGACACAGUCAGAGCCACAGAGGAGCAGCUGAGAGCUGAAGACGUCUCAUUCCUGAUCAACUACAGGGCUGCUGUGGAAAGAGUCCUGCAGCGCCCUCUGCUGGAUGAUCCACAGCUGCUCUCAGGAGCUCUGAUAGACGAGGCCAAACACCUGGGCAACCUGAGCUUCAACAUCUGGAACAAGAUGAAGGACAUGGUCUCCUACACUCCUCUGAUUCUGGAUCCAAACACUGCUUAUCCAGAACUCAUCCUGUCUGAAGAUCUGACCAGUGUGAGAUGUGGAGAGAGACAGAAGCUUCCUGAUAACCCAGAGAGGUUUGACUGCUAUCGCAUCGUCCUGGGCUCUGAGGGCUUCAACUCCGGGACUCACCGCUGGGACGUUGAGGUUGGACACACUACCAGCUGGGUCGUGGGUGUGGCAGCAGAGUCCGUCCAAAGAAAGGGAGACAUAGGCUUACGGUCUGGAUUAUGGGGAAUGGGGCUCUGUCAUAGUAAAUACACAGCGUGUUCACCACCAGGUCCAGUCACUGUUCUCCCUGUGAAGAAGAAGCUCCGCAGGAUCAGAGUGACUCUGGACUGGUACAGAUGCAGUCUGUCGUUCUCUGAUCCUGACACUGACACACACAUUCACACCUUCACACACACUUUCACUGAGAGGCUGUUUCCGUACUUUAGUAAUCUGAAUCCAUUGCCACUGAAGAUAUCGCCAGUUAACGUCUCUGUAACACUGAACUGAGUUAAUCAAGAAAAAGAUGAUGAUGGCGAUGACGACAACGACGACAACGAUGAUGACAGACCCAACUGAAAUCUAUAUAUUGUUAUUUGUUUAAUAUCUGCGGAAGAUCCGCGGAAAAUCUGCAGAAGAUCUGUUGAAAAUCUGCAGAAAAUCUGCAGAAAAUCUGUUGAAAAUUUGCAGAAAAUCUGCAGAAAAUCUGUUGAAAAUUUGCAGAAAAUCUGUUGAAGAUCUGCAGAAAAUCUGCAGAAAAUCUGUUGAAGAUCUGCAGAAAAUCUGCAGAAAAUCUGCUGCUGCUGCUGAUGACAGACCCAAAUGAAAUCUGAAUUUUUCAUUUGUUUAAUAUCUGCAGAAGAUCUGCAGAAGAUCGGUGGUAUUCUGCGUCCGCAGAUUGCGUGUGGCCCUGAUGAGAACAAAGUCACAGAGUUUAGUCGUUGGUGUCAGAAUGAAACCUAAUUCAUCAGCAAUAUAGUUCAUAUAAAGGCAGUCAAUUAAUCAGACAGGAGCCAUUUUAUUUUAAAAAUCAUAUUUUUUUAAUUUGAAAACGUUUUUAUGGCGACCCAAAGUGCUCAAUGUGAAUUCAAUGAAUACAAAAUUAUAAAAUAAAAAUUAUGUAUGAAUAAAUGCUGACCAAAUAUGUCUAAUAUGUCCAAUGAACUUGUGAAACAAUUCAAUAAAUUAGUAUUUUUUUUUUAAAACAUGUUAUGUUAUCCUGCUUUUUUCCACACUGAGAGUUCACUAAAUGUCAUUUUCAUUUUGUGCAAAUGUUUUAUUUC